AUGCUAGUCAGCAUUAAUGCCAAGAACCACAAAGAAGUCUCUAAAUCGAAGAUAAACAUCACAAUCAACAACAACAGUCAAAUCAAAACAAUACAGAUCAUGGACCACUCUGAUCAGAUGCACCCGCCACCUUCAACACACCACAACCCAAUGCCUUACCCCUCCGUGGGGCCCGCUGGCCCGCACGUACCCCUAACCGUUACUGUGUCCUCCCCCACGGGCUAUCCAUCCCACCUUCAGCCUCCUCCUUUUCACCAGCAGCAGCAGCUGCAGGCUUUCUGGGCCGGGCAGAUGCACGAGGUCGACCAGGCAGCCGACUUCAAGAACCACAGCCUCCCGCUGGCCCGCAUCAAGAAGAUCAUGAAGGCCGACGAGGACGUGCGGAUGAUCUCCGCCGAGGCACCCGUCGUCUUCGCCAAGGCCUGCGAGAUGUUCAUACUCGAGCUCACGCUGCGCGCGUGGAUCCACACGGAGGAGAACAAGCGUCGGACGUUGCAGAAGAACGACAUCGCCGCGGCCAUCUCGAGGACUGAUGUGUUUGAUUUCCUGGUGGAUAUCAUCCCCAGGGACGAGCUCAAGGAGGAUGGGCUUGGGGUGACGAAGGUGCCGAUUGUGGGCCCGCCGCAGCCCGGUGUGGAUGGAAUGCCUUAUUACUAUGUGGGCCCGCAGAGCCCGGGGAUGUAUGGGCCGGGCCUGCCGUUUGUGCCGUGGGUGAAGGCUGGGGGUGUGCAGCAGGAAGGGCCCGAGGAGGAGGAGGAGGGGGAGCAGCAGACUGCAGAGUGAAGUUUUGGUGGUGUUUUUACUUUUUAGUAGUUUUGGUUUGAGAAUGGGGAGAUGGAAACUAAUGUGGUGGUUAAGUUAAGGUGAGUUUGUUAAGGUAAUGCUAGGUUGAUCUUUAAGGGAGUUGGCUUCAUGGAAGAGACAUUUAUGUUUAAUCUGUCGUAGUGGCUGAAUGAAAUGUGCUUCUGCUGAUAAUAAAAUGAAAAGACAAUAGGAGAUUAUAUAUUGAUGCAGUUACUGUGUGGUAACAGAACUAGAGCUAAAUUUAACUCUUCAUGAGCUUAAUGAAGGCUUUUUAAUUUGUAAGGAAAAUUGGUUUUGUUUGAAGAGAAGUUAAUCCUAAGUUGGAUUCGUGGUG